CGACGAAGGAGGGCGGUGACCAAGACCCGCCAUGUUGAUCCCAUGAGUGCCUUUGUCAUGUCCAUCAUAUUUUCCAAAUGACUACCAUUUCCAUCGCUCAUGAUGAUGCGGCAGCGCCCGUGCCGUCAGGUGCCAUGGACACCCCCAACCAAGCCACCAUCUCGCUGGACAAUGAACCUCCCGUGGAGACGCCAUCCAAGGAGAUUGAAACCGGCCUGUCUCUGGUGCGGAUGAAGUCUGGUCCGAAACGCACAUCGAUCUGGGAUGGCAUGGUGCUGAUGGUCACUCCGGCCACGACCGAAGAAACCAAAGCUCAAGAGCUGACGCUCCAAGCCAAGGCUGUGCGCCGCCGGCUCUUCCUCAUGGGGUUUCUCACUGUCGCGGCAGUGGCUGUGACCAUCGGCCUGUCGAUUGGGCUCGCGGGGGGCACCGUGGGUGAGUUGUCGACGUCAUCUGGAAAUGACGUGCCCUUGACAAAUUCGAUCACGGAUGUGUCCACUGAACGGAGUCGUACCGACCCCCCGUCACCAGACCCCACUCCCCCGGCCCACAACUCGACCGAAUCUAGUGGCGACCACUCGACUUCUUCAGGGGGAACGUCUGCUUCCACCCCAGGACUCUCCACUACCACUCGUUCCCCCACGACGACGACGACGACGACUGCAGCCCCCACGACUACAUCUCGACCCCCGACCACUACAACGACGACAACGCCCCCCCCCCUCGCGUUGGGACACAUGCUCAACUUUGUCAAUCGGUGCACGUUCCCCGUGUAUCUCUACAAAGUGGACCGAUUGCUCUGCACCCUCCAGACCAACGGUCAAUGCGGCGACACCCUUGUGGACCGCGAACACACGAUGUAUCGACACACCAACGCGGCGGACGCGACGCUCGUGGAGCUGACGCUAGCCGACCGGAAGCUGUGGUACGACAUCAGCGCGAUUCCACCUGGGUGUGGCAACGGCAUGAGUUAUGCCGACUGCGUCCGGAAUUCGGGCGGCGCCAAGGGCUACAACAUCCCUGUGUCGGUCCUUCCGACAAAGUACGACGGCAACGCCCAAAAAGGCAACUGCCACAAGGUCACGUGUACCCGCGCCGAAUGCCCCGACGCGUACUUGUAUCCGUUUGACGAUCUCAAGAUGAAGGAUUGCCCCGACGACGAAGUGUUUGUCGUGACGUUUUGCCCAUAGCGUUAACUCGUCCCACUACUGUACACUUCGUUGAGUUUAAGGUCCUACUUAUGGACUUUGGUGUUUUGAACGUUGGACGAAGCAGCGAGGGUUUGGUACUUGAACGUUUGCAUUUCGUGCAGCCGCGACACGGCGCGCUUGCACGCGUACAUGAGGUCGGUCAUGGAGCUCAUGUUUUUCACUUCUUCGCCAUCCGAUGCCGUGGCAGGAUCGUGGGCCACGGGACCGUCCCACGACGUAAAUGGCUUGAUAU